AUGCACAACAUAUACCAUCCAGCGGUUCCAAGUGCUGUUCCCAUCUAUGAGACGCUUCGUGCCGGCUGCCAAAUUAACGUCUUUGGCAAGGUCAACCACGGACAUUUUAAAAAUUUUGCCGUUGAGCUCUUGUCUGGACCACAUAUCGUUCUUCACAUCAACUUCCGAUUCCACCAUGAGCACAAAGUGGUGAUGAACUCGUGUAAUUACGGAUCGUGGGGAAUCGAACACCAUAAUCCCCUCCACCAUGACGAUCCAUUUCAUCUUUGCAUCUGCGCUCACGUACUAUACUUCGAGAUUGAGUUAAACGGCUGUCCACUGGCACAGUACCCCCAUCGAUACCCUAUGGAGUCCGUACAAGCCCUUGGACUGAAAGGCGACGUGACCAUUGAAAGGGUCCACUUCUCCGGUUUCCGCUUUGGAGUCGACUGGUGCGGUGAAUACGACUACGGCCAUGACGGAUACACGGCCUACGGUUGUGAGCACUAUGAGCCUCCUGCGUUUCGAGAAGGCCAUCCUUACCAUGAGUUCUUCUGA